CACAACAAACGACUUCGGCCCUUCGGCCUUCGGUGAUAUUCAGCUUCGCCCACAGCCGAAGUGACGGGCAAAAAAUCGCCGUCACGGCGCAUGCGCCAAGCUAAAUUCUCUAAUACGGUACUUCUAUGCGUUGAGCCUGCUAUGACAGCACGAUCGGUGCGCCAGCAGUAGUUGAAGCAGUCCGCCAUUAAAAACAACAACAGCGCUAACAAAAUAAACACCUCGAGCAGAAGGAUGUAAAAGUGCAGCGUAGAUUUGCGCAGGUGUAACAUCAAAAAGUGCCGGUACCAUGAGCAGCCGACAGUAGACCGGCGAAUGCGGGCUGUUGUAGGCAAGAUGGCGGCGUCCAGGUCCGGUGGGUUAAUCGUGCAUGCUGCCUGCGCGAAGAAAACGGAACAGCUCUCGUUUGAAUUCAUGCGGCUCAGGGUAGCGGAUAGUUAGUAGAUGUCAACAAGAAACUACGCGGACAGAUAUUGCGCUGGAAAAGGAAAAUCGGUGCGAAUAACUUCUGCUUGGAAUGAGAAGUUCGUUUCACCUGAGUACGUGCCCUUAGUAAUUGUUCGCGACAAGAAAAGCAGGUAUAGAGGACGCAUUGGUGUUAGGAGAUAAAACAGCAUUUGCUCUACGAUUACACGCCGGCCCUGGAAAUUAACAGACGAAGAGCGGCCAUUCUUGACAAAGUCCUGCUCGAGACUACACCGUAAUAGCAACAACAGUAAUAGCCACUGUGUUGAUUAUCCGCCGACGACAUUAUUGGAAAUCUAGCUAACGUCCAAUUAAUUAACAGAUGGCUAUGACGACUACAGAAUAUGAUUUUGGCAAGGAUCACGUCGUCCUGAUGACCGAAGAAGACGCCCAAGUCAGUCCAAAAUAUCAACUGCCCCCUACUGCGAAUGAUGAACCAGCCGGUGCAAUUUUGGCCAACGGUGAUAUUAAUUGGGACUGUCCAUGCCUUGGAGGCAUGGCCAGCGGCCCCUGCGCGUUAGAGUUCCAAGACGCAUUCAGUUGUUUCCAUUACUCCAAGGCGGAUCCGCAAGGCAGCGAAUGUAUGGCUUCAUUCCAGAAAAUGCAGGCAUGUAUACAGCAAUACCCAAACCUUUAUCCGGUUAGUGAUGACAAUGAUGAAGCCACGGACAAGUUGAAGUAUCUUGAAGACAACGAGGGGAUCGACGACAGCGGUACUGCCACGCCAACUAUUGAGCAACAACAGGAGAAAUUUGUUGCGGCGGCAGCUGCCUCGCAAGAAAAACAAAAGCUCAAUUAAAGCAGUUAAUAACCUGGGAAUGGCAGGCUGAUAAGGAUUCAAAGAAAUAAAGAAGGGCGAAAUUUCGCGUUUGUAGCAGACCAUAACUGAAUAGGCACUGAGAAACCACAACGUCAGCAACAGUUACCGACGGCACGUCUCUUAUGAUUUCACUUACGCCCUAUGUGUGAAGUGCCACUCACUCUCUGAUAAGCGAAGAAUAUGCGAAAUUUCAAACACAAUUACAGUGUACGGUUACCAGUGAAAAAUGGGGGUAAUUUCAAAGUUCGUCAGUAAAAAAUGUUCUGUUUUAAUUUAUGCUUAAAUUAUGAAAAAAAAAAACAGUGAAGACUUUUGUGUGAAAUGUGAGUUUCUGUAUAAAACUUAAUUGUUUAGUGCUAGCUGCAACAUAUCGAUACUGGCUAUCAUAGGUAGUGACUGUUAUAAUAUAACACAGGUCUUUUCAAAAUCUAGCAACUUCAUAGAACAACCUUUGAUGUAGUAUUUGUGUUCCGACUGUUCAGAAGUUAUCCAGUAGGAAAAGGGAGUUCAAUUAAAUUAGGGGCCAACAGUAAUAAUUGCAGUUUGUUUUUAUACAAUAUAUUCUACAAAGCUGUUGUCGCUAAAAUAAGCUAACUUUGUAUGUAUACGGUAGUUGGGGUGAUACAAUAUUUUAUGGUAAGCUGUUUUUGCAUUAGGAUUCUCAUCGAAUUAAAAAUUUUGUUCUUCGAGGGAAAGUGUUACCUGUUCCUACAUGUUGGUUCAUAUAGCUCUUUAUCGCCCCACAUUUAUUUAACCAAGUAAAACGAACCUAAAUGCACCAAAUAAUUUUCAACCUGAAUAUUUAGCGUAUAUGGCUUUCCAGCGUUAUUACGAAAGGUUCUAUAAAGUCAUUUAAGGAAAGCGGAUGUAUGAAACAAUAAACAACCAAAGGAGAUUUGAAGAUAAAAAAUGCAUGUGGCAAAUGUGAACACUAAAAUGGUACAUACAGAUACUUUGUUGUUCGAGGUUAUCUCCAUAGAGUUAUGUACAUUUUAUUACAGGUAACUUCCAUAUGUUCUGUCCGUUUCUAUAAUCUGUUAGUAUGCUGGAGCUUAUACACUUUCACAGCUAUGUAUGUGACAUAAGUGUUUAUUGGUUACGAGGUGUAAUGGUAACGAAGUAAUGGUAAUUAAAAGAAUUCUUAUUAUAGGCAUAUAUAGCUGCAGUAAAUAAAUAAAUAUUACAAGGAAAAUAGGAAGGCUAUUUCUCUUGACUUUAAAACCGUCGUUAGUGUCGCAACAGACUAGCUACCGUCGAAGACUAAAGUCAACGUAGUAGUUGUUUUCCCAGAACAUCAGUAGGCCGGCUAAGUUGACUCGGAAGUACGGAAGUCACCGAAACAUCAGAAGGUGAAGGCCAACUCAAACCCCGCAAAGAGUUAAGGAGAGCCCAGUCCAUAUAGUACGGCCAUAUAUUCUUGCAACAGCUUUCAACUUUAGACGUUUCUACAUUGCCGUUGAAGUAAAAGCAGGAAGUGGCCCAUUUAAUAUAAGCUGGUGCCUGGAUAAGAUUUGCCACUUCGCAGAGUUCUGCUAAAUACUGAAGUGAUAAAAACGACAGGCGAUGAAAUAAUCGAUGCACAAUCAAUGUAAACCGCACAGACGGACUGUCGAACGUAAGCAAUUAAUGGGUAUGCGAAUAAAUGAUUGAAUAAGUGGCCAAGUGCUCAUUUAUUUUGUGAAGAUUAUGCUCAAAUGGGGCACGAUCUUAAGGUUAAAAACAGUGAAAAUGUUGUAUAAAUGAUGAAAACCUGAAUCCUAUUAUGACCGGAAGAACAUUUCAAAUAACCAUAGCAAGGGAAAAAUAUGCAUGCCUAAACGGAAAAAACAAAUGACUAAAGCAGAGCGGCCAUAUUGGUGAUAAUAUUGAUCAGACAGGCGGUGAUGGGAAGCAAUUUUGCACUGACUAUGUAUAGUAGCACAUGUGUAGGUCAUAAAACCAUAACGAACGGCAGCCAUCUAUGCCUGAAACAGAUGGUAUUAACACAUGCAGAAUUAUUUAUAUAUUGUUGACACAGUGGCGCAGCCCAUUUUUUAUAGAUCAAUAAGAAUAAAAUCACUGUUUCUCACAAUAACA